UAGUAGUAGUAGUAGUAGUAGUAGUAGUAGUAGUAGUAGUAGUAGUAGUAAAGAGAGAGCGAGAGACAGAGAGAGCCAGUGAGAGGCGUGUGACGAGGCGACAGUCAGUCGAAGAGCGCGAGAGAACGAGUCACAGAGAGAGAGGGCACGAGAGUGGGAGAGAGAGAGAGAGAGAGAAUGAGAGAGAGAGAAAGGUGGAGGGAAGAUAGAGGGAGGGAUGGAGAGAGAGAGAGAGAUGAAAGGAAGGAUCGCGGAGGGAAGCAGGAAGAGAAAAACCAGUGAUGGAGUAGAGAGAAGGAAAGAGAAUGAGAGAGGAGGAGAGACUGAAAGCCAAAGCGAAUGAAAAAGUUCUCAAACGCAACUAUACAAGUUGAGAAAUCGUGGUUAUGUUUCAUAUAUGUCGAAAUAACAGAAUGAAGAAGUGCAACAAUAUUAAGAGCGGAUGCACAUAUUCUGCAUCAUAUGUUUUUUGACACAAUUCUACAACCGCCGCUGCCACCGUGCUCCUCCUGUUGUUGUUGUUGCUGCUGGUGUUGCAUGUUGCUUUUAUGUCUCCACAAUCUAGGUGGUAUGAUCGAAAAUGGAACCCAGUAACAACCUCCUUGCCCACUCGAGCUUACCAUUUUAUCCCGCCAUCACUACAAGCAUGUCUGCAGGAAUACUGACUGCGAGUACGGGAGGACAGGAAACCGCUUCCAGAUCGGCGCUGUCCGGUCAAAAUGCCUGGGGCACGUACGGAAAUGAAGCCAGCUUAGUUCCACAUAACUCGUGUUCCAUGUCAUCUUAUUCCAAUUUGCAGCUGGGUGCCACGUUCCCGAUGAAUAGUAAACCCUCGUACACAACAUUCGGAACAAGUGCAGAAUAUUUAACAAACUGUAGACAGAUGCAACUCAACCAACUGGGUACAUUGAAUGCAAUGCCCAUGAGAAAUUAUCCGAUAUACGGUGACGUAUAUCAACCUGGACAUGCGGCCAGUUACACAAACGGUGGAUUUUACCCCGAUGUUACACCCGGAAUAACAGCCAUAUCGGGUAGAGAACACGAAUGUCGGAACGGGCCGACAGACUCCACAGGGCAAGAAACGAAAGGUCGGAAGAAACGCAAACCUUACACACGAUAUCAGACGAUGGUAUUAGAAAAUGAAUUCUUAAACAGUUCUUACAUAACGCGCCAAAAACGGUGGGAAAUUUCCUGUAAGUUACAAUUGACUGAAAGGCAAGUAAAAGUCUGGUUUCAAAACAGACGCAUGAAACGUAAGAAGCUCAAUGAGCGUGCGAAAGCGCGGUUACGUGAAGACCAGGAGAACAAGGACCAAGCGUAAAGAUAUUUUUUUGGCGGCGGGGGGAGUCACAAACGAACAUCGAUGACAUUAUUGAAAGUUCUUACAAAACAAAGAGGAACUUUCUAAUGUCACAUAUUCCAAAUUUUUUGCAAUGAUCAAUUUCUGGCACGAAUAUAAUUUUAUGUGUGGAUUCCUUGCAGAAAAAUUUACGAUUCCAAGCAUGAGAAGGAAUUAAGGAUGAAAUGACACCAACAAAGGAUCUUAACGGAUAAACAGAGUGUAAGAAAAGUGUGCAAGAGUGGUAGUAAGGGGAGGCGAGUGAGAAAAAUAUAU